AUGGUGGAGGUGACGUGUCUGAGUGAUGCCGAGCUACAGAAUAAACUCAACACACUGGGAUUUCCACCUGGCCCAAUACUGCCUUCCACCAGAAAAGUGUAUGAAAAGAAGCUAAUGCAAUUGUUGGUCUCAACUCCGCGUGCACCACCCAAGAAGAAUCGACCCGGAAAACUGAGCAGAGCUCGGGACAACGAUGGCAGUGAAGAGUUUAAUGCCACUAUCAUUUUGAAAAGAAAUAUCACACCCUCAUCAGAAAAAAGCAAGGGACCCAAAAAUCUGUCGUCCCCGGUCUCUCCUCUCGCCCGCAGUCACACGUACACCCACAGUGAGCGUGGGGUGAGUGUGAGUUCCCGUGCCCUUCUCUCUGUCUCCCGGACGCCAAGACGUGCUGCAAGAGUAUCAGACAUCAGAUGCAAAGCACUAAGGAGCCUCAGAGAGAAAGCCUGCUGCAGAGUGAACAGGGGAGCUGGAGACAGGAGCCUGGAAGCGUUUCCAACGCGCCUGAUACUCGCUGUGCUUGGCAUCUUCAUUAUCGUGAUAUUUGUCUACAUAACUAUGGAAAACAAGUCACUCUUUGGCUAA